CGAUCCUGUACCAACUACUUAUGUCUCUAAACAAUCAAGCUAACCCUUGCACCGUUGUUGCCGAGGUGAUUGACCCGAACGCUGUGGUGACAGCACCUAGGUAUCCUCGUGCAAGACCAUACAGUCAAAGACAUCUAGAUGGAAUGGAAGCCCAGGUUGUAAACCAGGAACAGUCGCAACAUGUGACAUUUGAAGCAGAUAACAAGGCCGCCUUUUUUGCUGAUAGCAGCGAAGGCAAAAAUCGCUUUGGAAAGGUUUCGAACGAGAAGAAAGGCUAUAACUUGCUUUCUUCCAAAUGGUAUUGGUAUGCCAUGAUAGCUAUGACUUUGAUCUUUUUGGUGUUGGUCGGAUACGGAUUUGGUUCCGGUCUUUUUCUUUUAAAGAGAGGCAAUGCAACUUUGAACAACGACCCCGCCAAGGAUGGAUCCACACCCAAUGGUAGUGAUCCAUCGUCGAUUUCAGACUCUUCGAACACUGUCCAAGAUCGACAAGAUUACAAAUACAGCAUCGUGACCUUAUUGGGACUACCCAUGGUCAUGGAACGCACGUCUCCCCAAGCCCGAGCUGUAGAAUGGCUGGCCUACCAAGAUGAACCCCUCUUUGACGUUACAAAAGAAACUUCUGCAGAAGAACAGGACCGACACCACGAAAUACUCGAACAACGGUACGCACUGGUAGUUUGGUACUUCGAUCAGGGUGGGCCAACGGUUUGGAAGACCAUCAAUCGUGACGAAUCGGCGGGCUGGGUUGAGUUUGGAGCCGGAGUCCACGAGUGCGACUGGAAGGGAGUGGAUUGCGACUAUGAAAACGGAAACACCGAAACGGGAACCGUGAUCGGCCUGCGCCUCUCACCAGCACUGGGAUUGGUCUUAACGGGAACCCAUCUCUCCACCGAACUCGGAAUGCUCACGGCCCUUCGUCGUGUCGACUUUUCUGACCAGCGAUUGCAAGGAACAAUUCCUGAUGAGUGGGCUUCAAUGACCAACCUAAGUGAGUAGAAUAAUGCUGUGACUGAUACAUGAUCUUCGUCGAAUCAUUGUUCAGUUUCUUUGCGAUGUGCAUUGCAUUAAGUCUGGUUCUGGAUGGAAUAAAGCGAAGCAUGGUGUUUAUAUUUUAACCUUGCCUUCCACCUUCUCAUUUAUUUGCCACAGAAUCCGUAAUCCUUUCCAAGAAUCAGUUACAAACAACAGUUCCCGAAUGGAUCGGCAGAUCGUCAGAAGAAGGUGGAGGAUGGCAGAACCUCGAGCAAUUAGCUCUAGAUGAUAACUUUUUGUACGGAAGUCUACCUUCCUCUAUGAGGAAUCUUCGUAAACUGACACAUUUGGAGUUGCAGGUCAACCCCCAAUUGGAGGGGCGCUUCGAUGAACUUCUCUUCUUGGAAAAAGAGGACGAAGCGACUGGUCUCCCGGGGCAAAACCUCGAGAUCCUCGACCUAUCCAACACUCGUUUGAAGGGCAAAAUUCCUAAAAUCACAUUGCCAUCCAUUCGAUCGUUUCGCUUGUGGAAUCUUCCGGGAUUUUCGGGGACCCUUCCUCCCGAUAUUGGAAGCUGGUCCAACCUGGAGAUCUUCAGUAUCAAGGAAAUGCCUGGCUUGACCGGAACUCUUCCCACAGAGUUUGGUUCUCUGGAAAAACUCGAAAUUCUGGAGGUUCUCGAUAGCAACUUCAUGUCGGGUGAGCUUCCGAAAGAGCUGGGAAAUCUAUCCUCCAACCUAAAAACGAUUAACUUUCGUUACACAAACCAAACCGGAACCCUUCCCGUCGAGUGGUCUAGCCUCGUGAAUCUAGAAAACCUUAAUCUACUACAAAACAAAUAUUUGACGGGCACCAUUCCCUCCGAAUAUGGAUACAUGACCAGCCUCCGGUCUUUGGAUCUCCGGGGCACCAGCCUAUCGGGAGAAGUGUCGCAGGAGGUUUGUGCCAUCGACAGCAUGGAGACACUACAAGCAGAUUGUUCGUACAAGAACGACAAGAGCGUCGGAAAGAUAGUUUGUCUCUGUUGCUUGUKGUGUCACGAUGUUUAGCUCUUUCAGGAUUUGAGCACGAAGACUUUGUCGAUCAAACAAAAGAAUUGGCGAGGGCCAUUCGACAAGGAAACACAUUCUUGCACAGACGGACUAUUGAAACAUACUGGAUACUGGCCUAGUGACCGAAAUCGAAGACGCAACGAAUGCAAUGGUCGGUCGUAAAUUUCGAAAACACUAGGAGUUAAGCUCUGUAAACUAUAUGU